AUGAUUUGGGAAUUUCAGGAUGGAAGCGCUAUCACUUUUACUGAUGAAGAUGCAGCGGGCAUCACUCUGCCGCAUAACGACGCCUUAGUUGUCACCUUGUCCAUUGACCGCGUCCAAGUAAAGCGGGUGAUGGUCGAUCCGGGAAGUUCGGCCAACAUCAUCCGUUGGAAAGUGGUGGAAGAAAUGGAAAUUCAAGAGAAAAUUAUACUGGCUGCAAGGACCCUUGCUGGUUUCAAUAUGUCGAGUGAGACUACAAAGGGGGAGAUCGAUUUGCAUGUAAAAGUCGGAGGAGUCGUCAAGCAAACCAAGUUCUAUGUGAUUGACGGCGACAUGCGCUAUCAUGGAAUAUUCGGGAGAACGUGGCUCCACGAGAUGAAAGCGGUUCCCUCCACUUUGCAUAUAUUGAUAAAGUUUCCUACACCGGAUGAAAUCAGGCAGAUUAGUUGA